AUGUUCUAUGGAGCAACAAAACCCGAUCCGAUAGAGCUCGCAGAAGAUGCUGAAUCGAUUUCGUUGAUGCUUGCAUUCAUUUAUCCAGUCGCUCCUCCUCAUAUCAAUACGAUCGACCAUCUCGAAAAGAUCAUGAAAGUCUCACAGAAAUACGAUGUUGAGAGGAUGACCAAGUUCAUCGAAGAAGCUGUCACGUUGGGAAGCAAACUUAUGACACUCGAUCCUAUGCGUGUCUUUUAUCUAUGUCUUGCAAAAUACUUCCCGCAAGCGGCUCCCGUCAUCGGGCUGGUUGGGGCGCAGGGAGCACGAGUUAAGAUUUUAGACCAAGUUUUAAUUUGGUCCCCCCAGGAAUAUGGGUGCUACCAGCUAUCGGCUCUAGGCGACGAUAAAAACCAUGGAGCCGCGCUACCAGUCUGCCCUAGUCACGCACCCCAACCUCGAAAUCAAGCCAUGGGUCUGGAUCCGGAGUCCCAGGAACGCGUACUACCCGUGUGCCAGACUAUUGCAUUGUUUGGCUUCGCCAGCUCUACGAUGAACUGUUGGAGAAACCAAUGCAUGAAUGCAACGAUCUGUUUCGUGCUGCUUGCCUCGCGAACUUCAGCACUCAAAUGCAUUGGUUGCGUUGCGGUAACGAUAGGGAAGAAGGAUAUCUUUGAACAAUGGGCUUUAAACGUCAAGCAAAUUGUACGAAACGAAUUGGAAGUACUCGAUCCAUUAUACUCGCUCUAA